CGGCCACGAAAGCGGAGCAAUCUCUCUUUGCGCAAUGACGCCUUUGCUUCCUUGGCGCGCAUUGAGCUGGGCAUCUAACCAUCUCACUCUCUCUCAACCACUUACUCUCAAUCCUCCACUUACUUUUCUCCCACCAAUAACUAAAACCCUCCCCUCCCCUCCACGCCGCCGCCCUCGUCCCCGCGACAACAGACAACAUGAAUCCCCAGAUCUCCCUCCCGCGUCAUGGUGGGCCCUCGAACAACUUCGGCGGCCUGGCCCCCAGCAAUCGUCGCCAAGGCCUCAAGAUGCCGCGCUUCUUCAAGCGCCUGUUCAAGUUCCCGCAGAUGGACUUUGAGACGGCCGUGUGGGAGAUGAUGAGCCUGAUCAUAGCUCCCAAGAAGGUCUUCCGAUCAAUCUACUACCAUAAGCUGACGCCCGCCGCUACAGAGACCAAAAACACCUGGCACCGGCCGGAUCCCGCCUUUACGUACCUGCUGUCCUUCUUCCUGAUCCUGACGUCGCUGGCCUGGGGGCUGGCGUACGCCGACGGCUUCGCCAAGACGCUGCGCAUCACGCUGGUCUUCGUCUUCGUGCACUUUGUCGCCCUGUCGCUGCUGCUCGCAACAAGCGCAUACUUCCUCGUCGGCCGCCUGCUAGGGCCCGGCGUCGCGGGCCUGCCUGGCCGCCGCCGCCACGGCCUCUUCAUGGCCCCCGGCGACGGCGAGCAGCUCGAGUUCGGCUACUGCUUCGACGUCGCCAUCCGCGCCUUCUUCCCCGUCUGGGUCUUCCUCUACGUCGUCCAGUUCGUCCUCAUGCCGCUGAUCGCGCGCGACUACUGGCUCUCCUCGCUAAUCGGAAAUUCGCUUUACCUCCUCGCCUUCGGCUACUACACCGUGAUAACCUUCCUGGGCUACAACGCGCUGCCCUUCCUGCACCACACGGAGCUGCUCCUCGCGCCCGUCGCCGUCUUCACCAUCCUCUGGUUCGUCAGCCUCUUCGGCGCGAACCUGCCCAAGCACCUCGCGCCCGUCCUGUGGGCCGGCGCGCGCCUGCGCAAGGCCGUAUGAUGUGUGAGUGCGAGAGCGAGAAUUGCAUUUUUUUUCUUUUUCUUUUUCUAGACAGACACCAGAGCGUGUGCUCGUGCUUGCUUUGUUUUUUUACUGAAAGUUGGGUUUAUGCGCGUUCCUCCAUAGCGUCGUGGUCAUAGUCUCCUUCGUAAUCACGGACGGCGUACGGUUUCUGGACACAAUUAUGUGUGUGUAAUUUGAAAGGGUUUCUUCUGCUACUGCUGUGCUUUAUUGGAUUGAGGUACAGCACAAAAAAUGCGUUGGCGCAAGAGAGGCUUUGUACAUGAUUUGUCCUUUUUUU